GAAUUAUCGAAAUAGAUUCAUUCUAGAGUUAUCAAAACCUGUCGAUCAUGCCUUUCCCAGUAUUUAAAUUGGCUUAUUUAGUCAUGAAACAGGUCAGCAAGCCAUUAGCAACAUAUAUGAAGCAUAGGGCUAAAACUUCUCGUACUUUUCGGGACUGGUUUAUUAUCCCACCAGCUCAAAUCUAUCAUCGCUUGGAGACAACAGUCAAGAUGAGGUUAUUAGGCUUAAAAAAAAUUAACGAAAUAAAGCCAUUGAAACCGGAAAUAGCAGUUGACCUUGGAGCUGAGAUGCUUGGUGAAUUGGUUGUAUUUUCAGUAGCAGCAUCAACGAUUUGGUUAGAAUAUAAGCGACAAUCGAGAAACGAUCAACGAAAGGAAGAUACACAGAAUGAUAGACUAUUAGAAUUAGAGAUAUUAGUAGCCGAUAUGCAAUUAUCAAUGGAAAAACAAACAGUCCAACUAAAAGAAUUAUCGAGAUUACUCUACUCUCAACAACUGCCAAAUCAAAUCGAAGAUUCCAACAAUUCAAAAGCUAUUCUACAAGUACACAAGCGCACUCAAACUUCUAAGUGA